UGUUUCUUUAGUUGAUUAAGUAGUUAAUGGUAGCCACCUUUGAUGUGUAUAAUCAUUGAACUGAACUGCUCAAGAAACUCAAGUCAUUCACUAAUUCGUAUGUUUAGUUGCAAUUAAUUGUUAAGAUUAUAUUAAAUAAUGGAUGAUAUGGGUAUUAUUCUACCCGAUAAGGAUGUUGGAGAAAUGGAAUGCAAACCUGUAAUUGGACAUUAUACAGGUGCUGGUGAUGAAUUGGAUGUUGAAGAUCUUUAUACCAAGUAUAAGAAAUUACAAAGAAUGUUAGAAUUUCUUGAAGUUCAAGAAGAAUACAUCAAAGAUGAGCAACGUAAUCUGAAAAAAGAAUAUUUGCAUGCUCAAGAGGAAGUAAAACGCAUACAAAGUGUACCUUUAGUUAUUGGACAAUUCUUAGAAGCUGUAGACCAAAAUACUGGUAUUGUAGGUUCUACUACAGGCUCAAAUUAUUAUGUACGGAUUUUAUCUACAAUUGAUAGAGAAUUGUUAAAACCAUCUGCUAGUGUAGCUCUACAUAAACAUAGUAAUGCUUUAGUAGAUGUUUUACCACCAGAAGCUGAUUCAAGUAUUUCAAUGUUGCAAGCAGAUGAAAAACCUGAUAUUCAAUAUAGCGAUAUUGGUGGCAUGGAUAUGCAAAAACAAGAGAUUAGAGAAGCAGUAGAAUUACCUUUAACUCAUUUUGAGUUAUAUAAGCAAAUUGGAAUUGAUCCACCAAGGGGCGUAUUAAUGUAUGGUCCCCCUGGAUGUGGUAAAACCAUGCUUGCAAAAGCUGUAGCUAGACAUACUACUGCUGCAUUUAUUCGUGUAGUAGGAUCAGAAUUUGUACAGAAAUAUUUAGGUGAAGGGCCAAGAAUGGUGAGAGAUGUCUUCCGUUUAGCUAAAGAAAAUUCACCAGCUAUAAUUUUUGUUGAUGAAAUUGAUGCUAUAGCUACAAAAAGAUUUGACGCUCAGACUGGUGCUGAUCGUGAAGUGCAACGUAUCCUUUUGGAAUUGCUAAAUCAAAUGGAUGGUUUUGAUCAAACUACUAAUGUUAAAGUUAUAAUGGCAACGAAUAGAGCUGAUACAUUAGAUCCUGCAUUAUUACGUCCUGGCAGAUUAGAUAGAAAAAUUGAAUUUCCUUUGCCUGAUCGCCGUCAAAAACGUUUAAUUUUUUCAACAAUUACUGCAAAAAUGAAUUUGAGUGAAGAGGUAGAUCUUGAAGAUUAUGUUGCGCGACCAGAUAGAAUUUCUGGUGCUGAUAUUAAUGCAAUUUGCCAAGAAGCAGGAAUGCAUGCGGUUCGUGAGAAUCGAUACAUAGUCUUAGCAAAAGAUUUUGAAAAGGGUUAUAAGAAUAAUAUUAAAAAGGAUGAAUCUGAACAUGAAUUCUACAAGUAAUCAGCAAGAAACUGUGUUAUUAUGUGUCACAUUUUAUGACCAUAUAUGUAUUUGCAAAUUUAUGUAUUGCUAUAAAUCUAAUAAUCAAUAUAUGUUUAUACAAAUUUGUCUUA